AUGGAUUCUUUCUACAGCAAUCAGGUGCGUCGGGAAGAAGCGCAUGCGCUGCGUGCACAGCUCAGUGCCUUCGUGGAUCAUCACGAGCACCAGCUCUUCGACGCGCAGCAACGGCUGCGCCACCCAACCGAUGCCACGCACUGGAGUCGUCGCCACGAUGUCGUGACGGUGCAACUGGCAGACACGCCGUACCACGCUUCAUUCGGCGCACAUCAUCAGCCGCGGCAGCGGCGAGCGUACCAGCAGUCAUCGAUUGCAGACCUGCUGGGCAGCACAAUGGCAAGCACCGAUCCGCUUCUCUUUCGCCUUCUCGUCUCUCUUGCGAGCUCGAAUGCGGAGAUGCAGGCUCUGAGCGACGAGGCGCGUCGCUGCUACGCGCCUCCGCUGGCGCUGGUCGGCGAUGGCAACGAGAACUGCUACAAGAGCCGGUCGACCAACAGGGAGAAAGGACUUGGCAGUGACGGGAGCGGCGAUGUCCGACGUGGCGGGCACCCGGCGAUGAAUGCUGGCAGUGGCAACGGUCCGUCGUCGCUGCAACACCAGCAGCUGCGGCGACAACAAGAGCAGGAGGACAUUCUUGAGGAAGAGAAGCUGCUGCACUCUACGUGGGCACUGCUGCCUCUGUUACAGGACAUCUGGCUGUGGCGGCAACGUGUGCAGGACGUCGUGGCGCACGCGCUCUUCCAGCUGGCAACCAUCUACCAUGACACUCGCUCCAAAGGAAGCAGAGGCGAGUCGCCCCCGCUCCUCCGUGUGCGACUGACAUCUUUCUGGGACACCCUGAGCGACCUUCUUGGGGCGGUCCUCCUUGUUGAGGAAGUUCUUCACCAGAACGCCAGUAUUAGAGACGGUGUUGAGGUGAUGCAGUGCGUUCUCGCGCAGCAGCAGCUGGAUGCCAAGCGAGAUGACGUUACGGGCGGCGACGAUGACGGAGAAAUGAUGCGCCUACUGCUGCAGAAGCUGCAGGCAGACAUCUUAGAUAGUAGCCUGCUCGCCUCCGUGGCCGCGCAGCGCUUCGACCAGCUCUUUGAAGCCUCACUGGCCGCAUGUGAGCAGAGGGAGUCGAGAGCGGCAGCUUCCGCGCCCAGCACACAGUGCGAUCCCACACCCGCGCGGACUGCAGCGACCCCGCAGCCACCGCCUUUUCGGGAGCACACUUCCCUGUGCAAAGAAUUUAUCGCCGUCUUGACAGGGCGGUGCGACGACUUUGAGGCCACUCUCUCGUCACCUCGUGCGUUGGAGCACAAGUCGAGCCUUGCCGCUCUCUGCGGACUAUGCUACUUGAUGAAGGGGCUGUUCCUGAGCCCCCUACCGGCACGCGGUGGUCCCACCGAAGCCCCCACCCCAGUCGCGUCGACAACGGUAAGCAAGCUCGUUACAGCGACGCUAGGGCAUGUCAGCAAGCGGGUCGUUGCCUGGCAGUCUGUAGUCCCACUGCUGCAGCUCCAAGGCCUCUAUGUGCUGUGCCCACUGCUGUGGUGGCGGCGCGCCUUUCCUGCCGAGCUUUCCGCUGCUCCUGACGCUCUGAAGGACGGUGCUGGCGCGCUGGUCCGCAGAACCGUUGUGGAGGCGUGCCAGACCUCCGGCUCGCAGUUCCUCUCCAGCAUCUCCCAGUGGACACAGCAGGUGGAUCGCUGGGCCGCGGUCGAGAUGCAGUCCUCCCUGCCCAUCGACGCACCCCUGUGCCGUUCGUUCAUCCAGAGGAUGGUGCUUCUUAUUCAGCAAGGAGUAGCUCUGUCGCGCAGCGUUCAAGACGGCGUGGUACAGCUCCUUCUGCUCCAUCACCACGCGGAGGCGGCGCUGACGGUGUCGAUGGUGCACGGUGUUCUGCAAGGCGUGCUGCUCUUGCAGCGCAUAGCGGACGCCUACCACAGCAAGAUGGGCAUCCUUGCCACUGCUCAGGGCGCGCUCGUGCAGUCGAUCGUGUAUGUCCUCGAGAAGCACCUCUACAACUUGUUCAUCCGCACCUGCAGCUCCAGACCAGGCACCGCAGCAGUUCCGACGGCGGUUGCGCAGGAGCAGCUCCUUGCGCUACAAGGUGCCUUGCAGCUUCUUCACAAACCUUUUACAUCCGACACCUUGGCGUGCCUUGUGCUUCUGCUGGACGUGGCGCUAAAUCGCGAAGAGCUGCACCAAAGCAAGACCUCACCUGCGGUCACAGAGCAGGAGCGGGACGACGCCUUCAUCGCGCUGGCACAGCUGAAGGCGAUCCUCACCUACCAGCAGACGCUGCCGUGCAUCACGAGCGCCUCUUUCCUCUUCUUCCACCGCGAAACCCUGUACCCGCUCUUCCUCAAGUACUGCUACGAGCACACCUUGGCGGCCGUCUCCCUGCCGCAGAUCGUGUCUGCCCUGGGCGAUUGUCGCCCGCUCAUCAUGUCCGCCCGGCAUGUGAAGAACCCGUCGGAGACGCUCCUGAGCGACUACGUAGAGUUUGUGCGAGACUGUGUCCAUCAGGAACUGGUGCAGCCCCUGUGCACCGAGAUCGAGAACCAGCUGC